GUUUCUUGUGGUUGCUAUAUGUUGCGGGAAUAGACGGUGCUCGUUGUUAGCUUUCGUUUGGAUUAUUUUCAUUGCGAUUUCCUGCUUGUGUUUGAAUUGGGAUGCACAAUUUCUUAUUAACUCAAUUGUAAAUGCUGCUUAUGUAGUUUCCCGUGUUUUGCUGACAUUUUUUGAUUUCGUUCAUAUAACUUAAUUCACAAGUAUGGGUCGCAAGAAGAAGAAGCAGUCCAAACCUUGGUGUUGGUACUGUAACAGAGAAUUUGAUGAUGAGAAAAUACUUAUACAGCAUCAAAAGGCGAAACAUUUUAAAUGUCAUAUAUGUCACAAAAAAUUAUAUACAGGUCCUGGUUUAUCAAUACAUUGUAUGCAGGUUCACAAGGAAACUAUAGACAAGGUUCCUAAUUCUCUUCCUAAUAGAUCAAAUAUUGAAAUUGAAAUAUACGGAAUGGAAGGCAUACCUCCUGAAGAUAUAAAAGAACAUGAGCGGCAGAAACAAGGAAAACAGUCAGGAGGUCGUCCUGGAUCCCCCAGCAGUGGUGAAGAUGAGCCUGCGCCAAAGAAGACUAAGCCAGAAGGACUGCUGGGCAACGGACCAGGUUCUGUGCCUGGCUCCAGUGCGGUUCUUCCAGGCAUGAUGCCCCCACAUCCUCAAGGCCCUAUGCCACCCCACCCCAUGGCUCCUCACAUAGGGCAGUUUGGCCCUCCAAUGGGACACCCAAUGAUGGGGCCCAUGGGCCAUCCGAUGGGACCACCCUUUAUGGGGCCUGGAAUGCCAAUGAUGGGACCAGUUGGUUCUAUCCCUCCACCACCAAUGAACAUGGCUGUGAGUUCAGGAAACACUAAUCCUUCUCAGAGCAAACCUUUAUUUCCCAGCACUGCAACUCCUACUACCACAAGCAGUGCAGCUCCAGUUGGUGCAGAUUUCAAGCCAAUAUCUUCAGCAAAUACACAGAUCGGACCAAUCAAACCCACAUUUCCUGCCUACAGUACUGCUGGUAGUCAGAAUAAUCAAACAACAUCAACACCUGCAUCAGGGGAAGGCCAGCAAAAAGUAGUCCUAAUAAAUACAACUGGUGCUUCAAGUAAGAUAAUACAUCCUCAAGAAGAUAUUUCUCUGGAGGAAAUUCGUGCAAAAUUACCCAAAUAUCAGAGAGCACCACCUGUAAAAACGGUGGAUUCUUCAACUUCCACUCCCCAGGCACAAGUUGAGGAGGAUCGCAGAGCUAUUCUGCCUUCUUUCCAGCCACGCCCGCCCAUGACAGUGCAGAUGCCCUCCGUGUCAGUGGCUCAUCCCAUUGCACCUCCUGUGAGCAGUGUAGCCAUCAUGUCCUCUAUGGCUGGGCCACCCAUCAUGCGCCCUGCAAUGCCUCUUGGCCCACCCACAAUGAUCGGAGGUAACGUGAACAUGAUGCGGCCCCCUCCCAUAGGGCUUCCUCCAGGUAUAAUUGGAGCACUCCCUCCUGGAGCUGUGCAUCAUUACGCAGCAGCUGCUCCCCCUAUGGCUUUCCCAGCCCCCCCAAUGCUGACUCCUAUGAUGCCUCCGCGCUUCAGAUGAUCAGGUUUGUUGGGGGGGCUCUGGCUGCUGUGGUCUAAUGACCCUAGGCUUGUGCCUCUGGCUCCUUGCCCCUUGUAGCAUGCCAAUGAGGGUUGCUGCAAAAUUCACAUACGAUUGCAUUUUCAUCUGUUAUACACUGUCCAUGCUGAAGAAUGGACCAGCAAUAGUCCACAAAUAGCAAAUGUUAUGCUUUCCAGAGCAGUGUGUUAAAAAUUAUGAUUUGAUUUAAAACCUUAUGUACAAUUUUUUUACUGUAUUGACUGUUUAAAAAGUUAUUAUUACAAACUAAUUGUGUAAUAAUUAUUGCAUUUGUGCAGUGUAUCAAUGUAUUAAAACAGUUUGUUCAUUUGCCUCAAACUCAGGUACAAAUUGCUUUCAGGCAAUUGUGAAAUUGCUUGCAAACAAUUUUUAAUAUAAAUCUGAAUGAAUUACUUACAGGCAAUAUUUUUUAUUAAAAUAAUCAUUUUUAUAAUGACUGAACCUUGAAUAGUGUAGUUUUAAGUUUCCCUUUCAAAGUUCAGAACAUUAUUAAUCAUAUUCUUUCAUUACUGAAGCAAUCACGAAAAAAUCUAAGAUUAAAUGCCAUCCAUCGAUUUAUUACUCAACAGCACUUUUUGCCCAGUAGAGUUCUGUGGUACCUUGGAGAAUUUUAGCCUUUGUAGUUAAAGAAUAAUAUUAAAAUCCUGAUUGUGUCAAAUAAGAGUGAAAGGAAUCCCUAAGGUAUGCAGAUCAGUAGGAUUCAGAAGUUAAAGCAUGAUCUGGUCACCUGCAGAUUAGUGGGAAAUUUGUCUUUGAAUUUCUUCUUGUGUGGUGUUAGUUAAAAGGUCCCUGCUUCAUUUACUUAACUAAUGUCUAUGCUGGUACUGAAGUUUUUUGAUCAGUUUCUUUGUGAUAAGAGGUUUGUGGAUCCUAAUUUGUUUUGUCUGCCAUAUGUAGAUUUUCAUAAAUGGUGUAGAUGUUUUCUGAAAUCCCUUUAAUGGUGGUGAUAGGACUGUAAAAUAGUUAAAGAAAAAGUUGGUAAGAAGUAGAGCUAACAUCUCCUGACCAUCUACACAAUGUUUUCCUUGAUAAAAUAAAUAUUUUCUGAUGUAUGGAUUUAAAGCUCUGGGACACGAGUUUCUUUCUAACAAAUGCUUUGUCACUAAACAUUAUAAUUGAAACAAAUUAAUUCUAGUUCCCUUUCACAUUUUUCUUCAGCAAAGAAUGGAAGAAGAAAAGAGUAAUAGAUUUUAUGCACUGCAGCAAUAAAAAACAACAUAUUUCCACUAUUGUUUGGGUCCAUCAUCCUGUUCAAAUAUUAUUUUCUUCCAUUUCAGACCAUUUUCUAGGUUGAAAAAAUAUUUACAGAAGCUUCAAAAUUUUCUGUGAAGACAAGUGAAUAUUUGAUUUGUCACUGAUUUAAUGAAUAACACAGUUACAAAAUUUUCCUACCUAACUCCUUUCUCUACUCGCUUCUUUCCACUUUCCCUCUUUUCCCUUUCCUCUUCUUGCCCUUUAUUCCCUUGCCUUUUUCCCCAUUCCUACUCUUUCCGUAUGUUUUGUUGCGUUUCUCCCUUUUCUCUUUCUGACCUGGCACUUCCCUUUUAUUCUUGAUCAUAUUGUCACCUUCCCUUCCCUUAUCUUAUUUUUUAUUCUGAUUUAUUUUAUCUAAGCCUAUUUUAAAUUAAUUGCUCAGAAAAGAUAGUUUACAGCCAGGACACAUCGUGUAGGCUAAACACGUCAUUCAAUAAUUAGUUCAAAAAUUAUUUUAUGCAGAGGAGAAAUGAGUAGUGCAAUGUUACAUAGUUAUUAUUCUUUUCGUUUGAUAAAAGAAUUGCACUAGAUUUAUGUGGUAUUAAAUUGUGAUCACACAUAAUCCUAUUUAUUGACUACAUGAAGUUUCUAUUCUAAUAAAUUGCUUGGAAGUGUAAAAAUUAAAUUGAAAAUUCUUCUCUUUGAAAUUUGAUGUUACUGCAUAGUAAAAGAAUAGUAAAGUUACUUUUCUGUCAUCUUUUCAAGCAUUCAUUCAGUACCUGCAAACAUUUUUUUUAUUGCAUUGCAUUACAGAGAAGUAAAUCACUCUUCAGAACAUGGGAAGUUAGUACAGCACUUAAAUAGGUCAUUUACAUAGCUCACAUUGCUUCGUAUGCUUUUAUUUAUGCAAUUAUAAAAGUCAUCUUGAGCAUUAAGUGCACAAGUGGACAUAAACUGCACAUAAAAAUGUGGUGACUGGAUCAUUGCCAUUGCGUGAAUCUUUUUAUAAACACCUGGUGAUGUUUCCCUCUUGUGCAAUGACUUUCAUUCAGUGCUGCUAAAUUUAUUCAUAUGUCACUUUGUUUAGGUUGUGGGUGUACUUAUUUAGUGACAGAGUAAAGUAUAUUAAGUUAUUCUUUGUUAGCAUGACUUAAAUUUCCCAAAAAGAAAUGCAACACAAUUUUUUUCAGCACAUAAGUUAUUCAAUUGUUUCUGUGGUAUACUACAUUGCUGAGUGUAAAGACAUACCUAAUUAGCGAGAUUGAAGUAGAAAAUAUAUUUGCACUUUUUCUGAAUGAUUCAAGAAUAAAGUGUAAGUUAAGAUUGUGCACGUGCUGCAAUCUCUGUGUGAUGUAAUUAAAAGUUUGCUUUGAAAAUUUGUUUAAAAAGUGUAAAGAAUUCUAGUUUUGAUUUUGUAUUCUUUGGAUACACAUUAGAAAUAAUCUUUCUUGCAUUAUUUCUGCCGCUGUCUGUUCUUUAAAUUCUGUGCAGUUGUAAAUUUUUCAUACAGUAAAUGCUUGUUAGUUUCUUUUUAGUUAGUUUUGCGGACAUCUUUCAAGAUUUUAUAUUACAUUUACCUGAAUGUUUCUUUGUAGAAAAUUAUAGACAACCUUUCUUUUUUUUCUGUUUGUGUAAUUUUAAGCCACAUUUGUAAACACACAAUCCAUAAGCCUUUACAGAUAAGCAUAUAUACAUCAUAGUCCCAACAGUUUGAAAAAUUUGCUUUGGAUUAAUGGAAGUAACAAUCUGUAGAUCUUAGUUAGCUUUAUGCAAUUGAAAAAUCUCUGUAAUUUCAAGUCACAUUGGGAUUCCAGACUGACACCUUCAACUUGUAGAGAACCUUGCAGGCUGGCCCAUUGCUGUUGGCAUAGUUAUAAAUUAUUAGAUCCAAGAAUUGUUACAAAUUGAAAUAGCAAUAGUUUGUAUAAACUUUUUCAUUUGCUAAUCACUAUUUUCAGUGUAUCUCCUCACUCAUCAUUUGUACUGCUGAUAUCAACAUCUCCCAUUAAUCCUGAGAAAAUUCAUAACCUCCACAGUUACUAGAGAACUGCUUUCUGAAUGUUUUAAAACUUUCCUGCGAGGUAUGCAUCAAGUUUUCUUGUUUGCAAACAAUCAGAUCCAGAUUUAUUCAUAUAAAAAGUCAUCAGGUUGUCUUGUUACUAGGCAUUCUCAGCAAAUUAUUAGUUUUUGUACGUUUUGUGUCAAUGGGGAAUUUUCUAUCAUAGGUCCUGUUAGUAUGUCCUUCUCAGACAAAACUGGUUUUACCUGAAUGUACGAACAUAAAAGACAAAAAAUAUCUCGUUUGAAAAAUAACAGGGUUGUAUAUAAUCACUGAUUCGGCCCAGUCAGUUGAGGUCCAUAUUUUUAUAUUGCCUUUCCGUGUCAAGAAACUAAUGUUGAUAUAACAAUUAGCUGUAAACAGGAUAAAAAACAUUAUUGAACACCAAAUUAUAUUCAGAGACAUAUUUUUGGUGUCCAUCCAUCUGUGUAUUUGCUGGGUGAAUCAGACCAAUAUUUUUCAACUUGCUGGUAAAGAGGGAAUGUCAAACAAAUGACAUUGUCAUAAGUAAACCCAAUGCUGGGAAAAAUUAAAAUCUUAGCAAAUAUUUGGUUACACAAUCCACUGGACAAAGCAAUGCAAUCUAUUUUGAAAGCAAUUGAUGUGAUGAAGCUCCCUUUGAUAAAGGUAUGCAUUCUAUAUCAGACCACAGAGAAGAAUGAAUUAAAAUACUUUUCAUGCUUGGAAACUGCUGUUCUCUCCCACACUAAAAAACAAUGUUGAAAAUAUUACAGAACAAGGCAAUAGCGAUAGCUCAGGCAGAAUACUUUAUCCUUGUCAUUAGUAAGACAAUUUUCUAAGCGGUAAGAAAUUUUGUAAUUUUAUUUUGAUUGAAUUCUCAGAAUUAGUUAAAAUGAAGGGGGCUCACUGGUAGCAAGUUGAAAAUUAAGGGGAUAAUCUAUUUGUGCUAAAUGGUAAAUUCUGCAUUCCUUGUGUGUCCUUGGACAAAUCCAGUUCUUCACUGUGUGCUAAUUCUUGUUGGGUAAUUGCCCUUGUUCAGUAUUAACUGCGAAGUACUCCUAUCUGAUGUUGAAAUCAAAACCCUAAAUUACUAAAAUAAUUUAUUUCAUUUGAAAAUUACAAAUAUAUAAAUGAAUUAUGCACUUUUGUAUUGUCUAACUGAAAAGAUUUGUGUUGCAUUACUUUCUGGAUUACUAUUAUUGCAUUGCUGAAUAGCAGUAUACUUCUCUGCAUCAUUUUAAUUUGAAAUAACUCCUUUUAACAAGAAUCCUAAAUUCGAUUUUUUUUUUUUCCACAAUACUUCUGAUGUUUUCUAGUUGUUUGUCAUUUAAUCAUAUUUUUGGACAGCAAUGAUAUAUUUGCAUUUUAUGAAUGAGUACAAAAAGACGGUCUUAAGCGACACAUUUCCAGUACCGUUAGUUGAGUCACCACAAAAUUUAUUCAGUUGUUUGCAUUCAUAGAUAUUUCACAUGUGUUAAUCAUACAUAUAUUUCAAAAUCCAUAUGAAGGUUAAUUUUAGGAUCCACUUUUGUGAAAACAUUCCGAAUUUGUGCAAUUCUAAAUUUCUAGCUUAUUAAUUGAAGUAGGAAGUUGUGUGCAUGUGUCCUAUUUAUUUUACCAUACUCAUAAUGAUUUACCAUUAAAAAAGUACUUGCUUUAUUAAAAUUCAUUGGAUACCUAGAAAAUCUUCUACGAGAACUUUCAUUAAUGUGGGUGGGAUAAAUUAUUCUUGAGAAAUAUGUAAGGCUGCAGUUUUCCAAUGCAUGAUUGAAAACUCGUGCUCAACAAAAAUAUAGUUUAGGCUAAAGAUUAUUAAUAUUUAAUAAAUCUAUGCCACAGGAUUUCAGAAUCCUCAAUAAAUUGUGAUAAUGAAACGUGUAAGUGGGAACCAUUUCGUGUAGUGCUAAUAUGUUAAUUUUUGAAGAUUUGCGACCAAAUUAGGUUGUUCUUCACUGGUAUUUCUUUAUUAUAUGCAUCAGUCUAGGAGUAGAACUUAAUCAUUUAAAUAUCUUCAACUGCAUUUGUUUUGAAGUUUUGCAUUACUUGGUUGUUCUUGCUUGCUGCAUGCUUGACAUCCCCUUAAUAAUUCAGUACACAAAUAAAUAACAGCCAAUACAAGACUGAUUUGCAGUUGUAAAUGAGGUUCCUGCUUAUGAAUUGAAUCUAUUGACCACCUUGUGUACUGUUACCUAGACAGUUGCAAGCCUUGAGUCCGUGUCCCCAAAGGGCACUAGAAGGGCCCGUCUUGUCAGAGCUUAGCUUCUAAUAUAUUCAUAUUCUGUUGUGAAUACAACAGCUCAAUACCAAUUUUGUUUUUCUGUAGGAAAUGGAUGUGGUUGUAAAUGGAAAAUUUGCUGGUCCAUUUGGUUAGCCCUGUUGCUCAGAAAAAUUCCGAAUGUGAACAUAAUUAUUCUUUUGUUUUGAAAAUUUAUAGCUUUAUAUCACUUUUAAUUUGUAAAUUGUAUUUUAAAUUUUUUUGCUUACAUCAGCAGGUUUUUUUGAGUUGAAAUGAAUGCUAGCCAAUUCAUGUAAUGGGUAUUUGCCAGUACGUGUUGGAUUUUCUGUUUUUCCAUGUUUUUCAACCAGAAAAUUGUGUAAAUUAUCAAAUUUUUUAUUCUUUGAAGCCACAAGCAAAUUUCAUGACAAGGGAUGAAAACAAUGAAUUCAGUAAUAAGGUAUGUCAUAUGCAGAUAUUCUAUUCUUAACAUCGUAUGCUCUUGGGGAUUAAUCAGGAACUUGGUCUACCAGUCUGAAGUUUAAAUCAUGUGGCAGUUACAGCAGGUAAACAUUUUGCUUGCGCUGUCUUGUCUGCUCCACAGCAUUUGGUUGUUCCAAUGAAGAUGGUAGUGAUUGCUGUUUCUGAUGAUUUGUUUCCUUUAUGCCACAGGCUGUUUAAUUUCCUUGAGUAUUUUGAUGUAUAAGGUAGUCAAGGAAAAUUGUUCCAUUAUAUAUUCAGGUAAGGGAUAUUUUAAACUUCUUUAACAUUACAAACUGUUUUACUUAUUUUGUUAUUCACAUAUAAUAUGAUGAAUAAAGAGUUGGCAUGAUAAAAUUAAUCUGUGAGAAAUUUAUCAUUGUGUAUGGACUUGUUAGGCAUAUUCCUGUCUUAAGACAUAAACUGCGAUGAUUGCGUUCGGGAUUGUGAUUGUAAUUUCAUUAGUUUUUAUAAUCUAUAUUUAUCAUCUGAAAUUCAGGGUACAAGAUCUUGAAUUCCAUGAAUAUGAUAUUGCCAGGUAGGAUUGGUUUUGAAAUAUUUUGGUGGGGGGAAAUCCUGUGUACUCCUUGAAAUUAUAUUAAAAAUCUUUUUCUGCAUGCACCAAAUAGUUGAAUUUUUUUCACAAGUAUUUUCUAGAUUAUUUUUUACUCUCAGAAUUGCUGCUGGUUUUAUUUUUUUAGUGUAGAAAAUCUUUAGUUUUCUGAUCUUUCCCUACGCUUCCUUGCCCUCCCCUCCGCUCAACGCCAGUGAAGGCUUUCUGAACCCUGGGCAAAAUGCUUCACAAAAUCUCUGAAUGUGCAAUAACAGUUAUAAAAUGUAAAUAUGAGCAAUAAAUACUUACCUUUUAAUGUUUAUUACAUAGUUGUACAUAUUGAUAUCAAUAUAUGUGUGUUUAGAAAUCAUUUCUUACUUUGAAGAGCGAUCACUUGGAUUUCUGGAGCUCAUUACUUAUUUUCUUAUUCCUCUCUUUUCUCCUUUCUUCCCUCCUUUUGCUUUGCUUUCAUAGCCUUGAAGAUUAGAUUAAGGUUAAAUGAAACUCUCCACAAGUGAUAAUAUGAAGAAAAAUUUACUUUCAACCAUAAUUCUGGUCCAUGCAGACUUCGUCUUGUGUGUAGCAUGUUCUCUGAAAACAAAUGUAUGAAUCUGCAAGCUUUAAAAGAUUAAUGAAGCUCUGAAAUAAUCUGUGCAGUAUUUUAAUGUGUAUUUUGUUAAUUUUUUAGUCUUAAAUCUGUGAAAUUUACUGUUGAGCAGUUAGUAAUUGAAAUAGAUCCUGAAUCAAUAGAAAAUACAAUUAAAGUAUACAUGUUACAUGAUGAACUUUUUAUAAUCUUAUAAGAGCACAGUACUAAAAUUUGAGUAACAUUAACCUCAAAAUAAAAAUAUGUUUCAAAUCAUUGUUUCACAAUCAAUAAGUUAUUUGCGGAACCUUCAAGAAAGAAAAUUUGUGUUAAUAUACCCAAGGACAACUUCCAUACUUUCUUUGUUCAUUACAAGGAUUACAAAUCCUUUUGCAAGACUUAAAAAAGAUUUGGAGAUAUUUGGAAUGAUAAAAUGAAAUGUAAAGGAUUCAAGGUCAAUUUGUUGAAGUCCCUGCAAAUCUAAAGAAUGGAGUACUUGGACUACAGUACAUAUCUUUUGAGUCUCAAAUUUAGUAUUUUUAGUUUAAAAAAAAACAUUCAAAAACACUUUUCUAAAUUUAAUCUCAGACUUGAAAACUUAUAUUAAUGUCUGAACAAAAACAAAUUCUUCUGUCCCUUAACCUUGCUCUGAUCUGUUCAGCACUCUUCACCUUUCUGCUUGAUGUGAAUAUCAUUUUUGUUUUCUAGAUCUAGUCUGGAUCACUGACAUGCUUUUACUGUAAUUAAAGAUUGAUGUUUGCAUUUUUACACCUUUUAGUUUGUAAAUUUCGUGGAAGCAAAUGGUAUUAUCGUCCAAAUGAAAUCUUUUCUCCAUUUGUAAAUACAACUUUAGGAUGUUGAAUGCUUUGUGAAUUCAACUAGGGAGUACUGUUUCUUUUUCUUACUGGUAGAUAAAAAUAUUGACAAUUGUGUUGAAAGUUUGAUUUUUUACUCAUUUUGACACUUUUUCUUUAAGUUAAAUGUUCUGAAGAAACAUUGACAGCUACUUGUUACCGUGAGUAGAAUGUUUUGCAGAUUUAUGUAAGGGGCAAAAUGUCACAUUGUUUCUUCAUGUUAGUGGUCUAGAUGUCUAAUUUUCUUUUGUUUCAGAGACAUUGCUGGUCUUAUGUAGCCCAUACUUGAUUGAGGUCUCUUCAAUUCACAGGUACCCCAUUUUAAAAACUAUGCUCAUGCGUUUUAUUGUUUGUGCCUUUUCAGGUACACACUGUGGUUGUUCAAACCUUCAUUAUGUUGUCAGUCUUGUUCCUUUUUAGGAAAGCAAUAGUCGGUUGUUUUGUGUAAGCUGAAUAAGUGCCAAUGAUCUGAAACACAAAUACGAGGGAAAAUGCCCAUUGAAAACAGGAGAAUUUUUCUGGUUUUUUAUAAAUUGAUCAGGAUGACAUAUAGAAUUGAAUAUUCCUGCAGCUUUUCUGUUGGUGAACCAGGUGAAGUACUCUUAAGUGAGCAUUUCUAUUUGAGUGGAAAAGAAAGUAAACUUUUUCUCACUACAACACAUGGAAAAUUAAACAUUUUAGUUUAAUUUUCAACAUAAUAAACAAGUCCAAAUUGCAGAUGUAUUAAAUCAGCAUUUGCAAAGUAAUCUUAUCCUCCCUUUGGAAUAGUUAUAAUUUAGCAACCUAUUUGUACAUGCAUUGUUAUGUGUACAAUCCAAAGUGUGUUAAUUCACAUUGUUUCAUAUUAAAGUAAUGUAGAAACGUUUUGAGUGUGUGUAGAAAUAGAUCUAAUCAAAAGCUUUCUUAAGAUGCUUAUUAAUAUGGAUUUGUAUAGUUUAAAAGAAAUUCUAUUUGCUUUUCUUAACAAGAAACUCUUGAUUUGUCUGAACUGACCAAACUGUGUCAAACAUCUAGUGAUUCUCUAAAUUGAUGUAGUUCAAAUGUUAUUACUCUCACACAGGUCAUGUCAACAGGUCUCUGUAAUUCCUGUGCACCACUAUUUUGCAUAAAGAAAAGUAAGAUUUUACCUUGAUUAAGAGAUUGGGGAUAACCGAUUCUCUAAAUUUAUAGAAAUUGUAAUAUUUAAAAUUUUCACAUAUUUUGAAAUGUUUUUCAUACUUUAAUUUUAAAAACUUAAUAUUUUUGCAGUUCAUUAGUUUUAUGAACUUAAAAACACGUUUUUUAAUUUUUAUAAUUGGUUCUCUCUAGUCUCUAUAUUCUAAUAUGAAUGUCAGAGUCGUUGUGUGAUAAUCAUCAGAAACCCUGUAGGGUUACAGAAGGUAGUACCAACAAUCACAGCUAUUUUGGCUGUUGGACUUACAUGUCCCCUGUCCAAGAGAGACAGGCGAUUGUAUUUAUUUUUACAAACAAUCCUAUUGUAGUGAUUGAAUCUGGUGCCAGAUGACAGCUGUUGGACUGGUUAGUCCCUUGUCACCUGACAGGCGAUUGUGUUUAAUGGAGGCUGCUACUAUGAAUGGCCCUGUCAAUGAACUCAAGAGUAGAGCGCUAAAUUUAGUUUCUGUUCUUUCAUGGCUCAAUAACAUUAUUGAAGUAAUUUGAACAUACAAUUUAUCUAUCAAGUGUUCUGCUUUCUGGAUGUGUAUUGUAUUUGUAGUGUUUGUAGAUGUUAUUCCAUAAUAAACUAUUUUACGUUGAAAUGUGA